AUGUCAUUGUCUAGCAAUGGAUUAGUGUCAUGGAUGUUGAGAUUAAUACUUAUUUUUGGAUUAUAUCUCUGCAUUUUAAUUUGCCUAUUCUUCUUUAGCUAUGAACCAAAAUCCCUGUCUACAGACACUAACUUAUCUCCUUAUGAUCCUGAUACCAACGUUAGCCACUUGGUUAUUGGCAUUGCAAGUUCGUUUAAGUCGUGGAGAUACAGAAAACCGUACAUUGAAUCAUGGUGGAGGCCUAAUGUGACGCGUGGUUUCAUCUUUCUUGAUAGAGCUCCAGACUAUAAGCACCUUCCGUGGCCAUCUUCUAUGCCUCCCUAUCGGAUUUCAGAGGACACUUUGAGGUACAAUGAGUUCAACAAGCACAAAGUACGACAUGUCAUCCGUAUAACACGUGUGAUUGAGGAAACAUAUAACGCAGAGAAUGGAGAUGAUGUGAGAUGGUAUGUUAUUGCUGAUGAUGAUACUAUACUUUUUGUCAAUAAUGUUGCAGAAGUUCUGAGAAAGUAUGAUCAUAAUAAGUAUUUUUAUGUGGGGAUGCCUUCAGAGUGUAUUGACUCCAAUGCUGCAUUUUCGUUUAAGAUGGCUUUUGGAGGAGCUGGUUAUGCUUUGAGCUAUCCUUUGGCGAGGGCAGUUGCAAAGAAUUUAGAUUUGUGUCUUAAAAGAUAUCCAACUUUUUAUGGAAGUGAUCAGAUUAUGCAUUCUUGUAUUGCUGAUCUUGGAGUUUCAUUAACUCUAGAAAAAGGGUUUCAUCAGAUUGAUUUGCAUCGAGACAUAUCUGGUUUACUCUCAGCUCAUCCACAAUCUCUUGCUCUUUCACUUCACCAUCUUGAUGCAGUAGACCCUAUAUUUCCUACCAUGAAUCGUAUAGAAUCAGUAAAUCAUCUCAUGAAAGCAGCAAAAGUUGAUGAAUCAAGAGUACUACAACAAUCCAUUUGUUAUGAAAUUCACAAAAACUGGACUCUCUCCAUCUCUUGGGGCUACUCCAUUCAUUUUUACGAGGCAAUUAUACCUUCAAGUAUCCUGCAGGUUCCCUUGGAGACUUUUUCUCCUAUCAGCAGAAUGGCAUGGCCAAUCUAUAUGUUCAAAACUCGACGCCUAUUAAACCAUUCUUGUGAAGCUCCACAUGUUUUCUUCUUCCAUUCUAUAGAAACAACUGAGGGGAGUCAUCUUGAAAUGAUAUACAUUCGAAGUUCACCACGUGGAUUACCUGCCUGUUUAUCUACUGGCAAUCACUCUGCAGAUCAUAUCUCUGAAAUCCGAGUCUUGGCACCAAUCAGAAGGUCUAAUGAGGUGGGAUAA